ACCCGGAAGUGCUGAUUGCGCGGUCUUUUAGGACAACAACACACACACUCCCCUCAACAUUGUGCAGAAAUGGCGGGAGUAAACAACAUGGAAAAGAAACUGGCUGAAUUUAAGUGCGACACCAACGAAGCUGUAUGUUUAAAGCUAAUACGCUUUCCAGAGGAUGUUGAUGAUGAUGGCACUACAUUCCACCCGGAGUACAGCCACCAGAUUUUUGGAGAUGAUGAAGUGGCUUUUGGAUACAAGGGUCUUCAGAUACAACUCUUUUACACAGCCGGAAGCCUAACCACUCUUUACAAAGUCAAAUAUUCCUCCAAAGUCACUGACACAUUUGACUGUGUGGAGCCCGACAAUAUUGAUGGAAAAAUCCGGGAAAUUGUUCCUGCUGGGUUCACUUGCAACACUGAUGACUUCAUCACGCUCCUGGAGAAGGAGGCCAAUUUCAGGCCCUUUGGCACCUUGUUGCACACCUACACGGUCCACAAUGAGGAAGCUGGAGAUCUCACUUAUCAGAUUCACAAGGCCGACUUGAGCUGCCUCGGAUUCCGAGAGUACCACGGGCGCCUGCAGACUUUCCUCAUGUGGUUCAUUGAGACCGCCAGCUUCAUUGACCCCGAUGACGAUCGUUGGGACUUCUUUCUUGUAUUUGAAAAGUACAAAAAAGAUGGGGAGACCCUCUACGCAACCAUUGGCUACAUGACAGUUUAUAAUUACUAUGCGUACCCAGACAAAACACGGCCACGUGUAAGCCAAAUGCUGGUCCUGCCUCCAUUCCAAGGAGAAGGUCACGGAGCACAACUUUUGGAGGCAGUGCACAGAUUUUAUUCUAGUGUGCCAAAAGUGCAAGACAUCACAGCUGAAGAUCCUUCUGAGAGCUACGUGAAGCUGAGGGACUAUGUGCUGGUCAAGCUUUGUCAGGGGCUGCCGUCCUUCGCUGAGGACAAACUACACCUUGGCCUGUCAGCCGAAAUGGUCGACGAGGCACAAGGAAAACUGAAAAUCAACAAGAAACAUGCAAGGAGAGUGUAUGAGAUCCUGCGUCUGAGAGUGACAGACAUGAGUGAUGAAGAGAAAUCAAGAGCGUACCGCUUGGCAGUGAAGAAGAGGCUAUUUGGACCGUACAGGAAAAAUCAAAGGGAGCUAACGAAGAUGACGAAGUGCCUGCGGCUCGAGGAGGUGGUGUCCCAAUUGGGUCAGAUGGACACUCAGAUGCAGCACGAGGAGCUGGAGAAGAGCUACCAGGUUGUCUUGGAAGACUACCGGCGAAUCAUCGAGAGGCUGGCGGCGCAGGCCUGAUUGGGAGAGACCGCUGGCUAGGAUCCCACCCUCUCAACUGUGUGGUCUGUGUGUACAAAGCCCUCAUGAACUCUCACUUCAGCCAAGAAGAGACACUCGUUAAGAUGUACAAUCCAAUCACAGUUCUAAUUGCAGAGUGUUUUUACAGUAGUUGAGUCAUGGGUUGCAGUGGAAAACUGUUAUUUUUUUCUCCCGGCUUGUGUUGGUACACUGGAGGAUAAGUGCAGCUUGGUGGGGGUCUGUUCCCCAUCUGGAAGAUCAGUCAUGUUUGUAGAUCUUUUUGUUGAACAUUUCCCAUUUUUCCACUGUUUUUCAGCACUUCAAAUAAAAAUGGUGUUUGUA